AUGUUUGACGUUCAUGAAAAACCAACCCACUCUGUGGCUCCGCCCCCCUGCAAACAAGCACGCUCGGUCCCGCCUUCCUUCCUUCCUUCCUUUCCUUCCUCCUCCUUCUCUAGCAAAUUGCCCUCCUGUGAACGUCUUGACUACCGGCUUGCCGCUGUUCCUCCGCAACAGCCAACCGUGCGGAGGACUCCCCUCUGGCCACCUCCACCUGCAGCCAUGAACGGUGGAUCUGGCGCGGCGUGGUCCAUCAGCGCUGAGGAGCGGGGGAAGCACGAUAAGCAGUUUGACAGCCUGGCCCCCGUCAUGGGCUAUGUCUCAGGCAAGCAAGCCCGAGGAUUCUUCCUACAGUCGGGCCUGCCUCCCUCUGUCCUGGCCCAGAUCUGGAACCUGGCCGACGCGGACGGCGACGGCAAAAUGGAUCGGCAGGAGUUCUCCGUGGCUAUGAAGCUCAUUAAGAUGAAGCUGCAGGGGCGGAGUUUACCCGCCACGCUGCCGAUGGGCAUGAAGCAGCCUCCUCCCGCCAAUGUCGGACCUUCGUCUGCACGAUUUGGGAUGGGCUCUUUGCCAAACCUGUCGUUCGGCAUGCCGUCGUCCAUGUCCAUCCUAACCCCCAUCCCCGCUAACCCCGUCGUGCCAGCGGCCAGGCCCGCCAUGAUGCUGCCUGUCGUCGCCCCGCUGGGAAAUGCCUACUUUCCUAACUACCGCCUGCAGCUCCCUGGCCCCGUGCUUCCCGUCGCCGCAGGCCUUCCUCUGUCAGGUUUUUCCUCCCCGCUGACAUUUUCUCCGCCCGGCAGCGGCGGCGUGUCUCAAGCCAACUCCCUCGUGGACCUUGGCUCCAGCAGCUCCAAUUCGUCCUCCACCACAUCUCUAGCUAGCAACUCGCCCAAAAUGGCGGCGGGGGGCUCCAACGACUGGGCCGUGCCCCAAGCGUCCAGACUCAAGUACCGGCAGCAGUUCAACACGCUGGAUAAGCUCAUGAGUGGCUACUUGUCGGGAGCUCAAGUAAGGAACGCACUGAUUGCAUCCAACCUAACGCAGACUCAGUUAGCUACAAUCUGGAACCUGGCCGACGUGGACAAGGACGGCCAGCUGCGGGCCGACGAGUUCAUACUGGCCAUGCAUCUGGUGGACACGGCCAAGACGGGCCGCCCGCUCCCGCUGAGCUUGCCCCAAGACCUCGUACCGCCUCAAAUGAGAGGAGGCGGCAAGUGCAAUGAGCUCGUCAAUGGAGGAGGACCUUAUGGAAGCUCUUCUUUGUUGGACACGCUGGAGAUAGAACCUAUCCUGAAGAACAAAAGCAGUGUGUCCUACGAGGACAAACUGAAGGAAAACUUUGCGCGAGGAAGUGCCGAACUGGAGAAGCGGAGGCAAGCCCUGGAGGAGCAGCAGAGAAAGGAGCGAGAGCGCCGAGCGCGCCAAGAGCGGGAGGACAGGGAGCGGCGCGAGAGAGAGGCCCGCGAAGCCGAGCAGCGCCGCCGGCUGGAAGAGGAACGUCGCCGGGAGCUGGAGCGCCAACGUGAAGAAGAGAGACGCAAGGAGACGGAGAGGAUGGAGGCCGCCAAGCAAGAGCUGGAGCGCCAGCGUCGGGAGCAGUGGGAGCGGGAACGCAGGGAGGAGCUGAGCGGUACCCGCGAGGCCGAGCGCCGAGAACUCGCUCGCCUCCGGGCCAAGAAGAAGAGUCUGGAGUUGGAGCUGGAAGCCGCGGGCGACCGCCACAAGCAGAUCUCGGACCGUCUACGCGAUGCGCAAAGCAAGAGACGACUCCGGAAGGCCGAGGUGGAACUGGUCAAUCAGAAGAGAGAUGCGCGCAACGUGGAGAUCGACGCGCUUCAGCUUCAGUUGGAGGACUGGCAGAGCAAGCUCUCCUUGCUGCUUCCUGAGCAACAGAAACUAACCGAGAAACUAAGGAACAUGAAGCUGGAGAAAAUUUUACCGGUGACAUUGGCCUCCCUGAGCGCCGCAGUGACCGAUAAAGGUGUCACCUGCCGCAAGCUAAAGGAGCAACUGGACGCCCUGCAGAAGGAAAGCACGGACAAGCUGACGCAGAUGGAACAAUAUAACAAAGAACUUAAGCUGGAGGACAUGGACGACUGUCUCCUGCGUGCGCUUUUGUCCCUGCUGGCCUGUCUCAGCCAACUCUUUCUCCUCCUCAAGGAGCUGAGAGAGAAGCAGGCCAGGCAACAGUCCGUCCUAGACGACUUGCGGCGCGUCAAGGAGGAGAAACAGCGUGAGUUGAAGAGACGCAAGGAGGAAGAAGAGGAGCGGCAAAGGAGGAACAGAAUCCAGGAGGAGGAGAGGCGCAGGAAGGAGGAAGAGGAGGAACGGGAGAGACGGAGGAAGGAGGAAGAGGAGGAGCGGGAGAGACGGAGGCAAGAGGAAGAGGAGAGGGAGAGAUGGAGAAAAGAAGAAGAGGAGAGGGAGAGACUGAGGAAGGAGGAAGAGGAGGCCAGACGGGCAAAAUUGGAGCAGGAGAGGAAGGCGAGGGAGGAGGAAGAGAAGAAAAAGAAAGCGGACGAGAAGAAAAUGACAGAGGCAGUGGAGGCCAGCAUUUACAAAGCGCUAUACUCCUUCUCAGCUCGCAACAAGGACGAACUGAGCAUCGACGCCGACUGUCUAAUUGAGGUGGACGAGCGGACGCUGGGAGAGCCGGGCUGGCUGUGCGGGAGUUACCGUGGAAACAAGGGCUGGUUCCCUCACAGUUAUGCCGAGAAGUUGACGGAAAGCACCACGCCGACGUCGGGACCGGCUUCCGGUCCUCCGUUGCUCCCCGUCGUAGUAGUCCCUGAUGGAGAAAGAACAGGCGAUAGUGGACAGUCAGACGCAUUGCAGGAUACCAGCGGCACUUCCUCCGAAAACCACCUCAACCCCACGUUUUGUGAUGAAACGGAGGCGCCGGAUGGAGGCGAAGGCGUUCGACUGGAAGAGUAUGUGGCGCUGUAUACCUAUGAGAGCCCGGAAGCGGGCGACCUCACCUUUGAGGAGGGCGACGUGGUGGUGGUGACGGAGCAGGAAGGCGAAUGGUGGCGGGGGUGCAUCGGCGACCAAAUCGGCGUUUUCCCUUCCAACUAUGUGCGGCCUGUGGAGCCAGAGGAGUCCAAACCCGGCGGGCCCAACAAGAAGCCUGCAGAGAUCGCUCAGGCCGUUGCGCCUUCUGCCGCUGCCAUACAUCGCCUGUGUUUGUCUCCCGGGCAGCUCAUUGUGGUUUUGGCCAAGAACUCAUCCGGGUGGUGGCUCGGAGAACUGCGGGCUCGGGGAAAGAAACGUCAGAGGGGCUGGGUUCUGUCUUCGCACGUCAAGCUGCUCGGACCCUCCGGCAAUAAGUCGUCACCGUCGCCUUUGCCAGUGUGCCAAGUGAUCGCCAUGUACAACUACACGGCGGCCAAUCCCGACGAGCUGAGCUUCUCCAAAGGCCAGCUCAUAAACGUCUUGGAUAAAACCAACCCGGAUUGGUGGAAAGGGGAGGCCGACGGCGCCACCGGUCUGCUGCCCACCAACUACGUCAAAAUGACCACCGAGUCCGACCCCAGUCAGCAAUGGUGCGCGGACCUGAUGACCCUGGAGACCAUGAGCCCACAGGAGAGGAAGCGGCAGGGUUACAUCCACGAGCUCAUCCAUACCGAGGAGACCUACGUGGACGACCUGGAGCUAGUGCUGGAGGUGUUCUACAAGCCAAUGUCAGAAUCGGGCCGACUAACAGAAGCGGAGAUGGGUGUCAUAUUCGUCAACUGGCGGGAGCUCAUUAUGUGUAACAGCAAACUGCUCAAGGCUCUGCGCGUGCGCAAGAAGAUGGGCGGCGACAACAUGCCGGUGCAGCUGAUCGGAGAGCUACUGGCGUCGGAGCUGACGCGCAUGCAGCCUUACGUCCGAUUCUGCUCCUGCCAGCUCAACGCUGCCGCCCUGCUGCAGAGCAAAAUGCAUGACCAGCCAGACUUCAAGGACUUCCUCAAGAAGAUUGCCACUAACUACCGCUGCAGAGGAAUGCCUCUAUCCAGCUUCCUCCUCAAGCCCAUGCAGAGAAUCACACGCUACCCUCUGCUCAUCAAAAACAUCCUGGAGCACACGCCCGAGCACCAGGCGGACCACUCGCCCCUGAGGGACGCUCUGGAGCGGGCCGAGGAGCUCUGCUCGCAGGUCAACGAGGGCGUCAGGGAGAAAGAGAACUCGGAUCGUUUAGAGUGGAUCCAGAGCCACGUGCAGUGCGACGGCGCCAUCGAGCACUUAGUGUUCAACUCGCUGACUAACUGCCUGGGGCCACGCAAGCUGCUCCACAGCGGCCGUCUGCACAAGACCAAAAGCAGCCGGGAAUUGUGGGCUUUUCUUUUUAACGACUUCCUGCUCCUGACGCAGAGCACCAAAUCUUUGUCCUCCUCCGAUAAGCUCUUCGGUCCUAAGAGCGGCAUUCAGUUCAAGAUGUACAAGACGCCGCUAUUCCUCAAUGAAGUUUUGGUGAAAAUGCCGCCGGACCCGUCGAGCGACGAGCCGCUCUUCCUAGUCUCACACAUCGACCGCGUUUACUCGCUCAGGACGGACACCUUGAAUGAAAGGGCAGCGUGGGUGCAAAAAAUCAAAGCGGCCUCGGAGCUCUUCAUCGAGACUGAGAAGAAAAAACGUGAGAAGGCCUAUCAAGCUCGUUCGCUGAAGACCGGCGGCAUCGGCAGGCUACUGGUGACCGUCUCGGAAGCCCAGGAGCUUAAAGCCUGCAAGCCCAAUGGAAAGAGCAACCCUUACUGCGAGCUGACCAUGGGGGCACAGUGCUACACGUCCCGAUCGAUUAGCAACACACUGAACCCCAAGUGGAAUUUCAACUGCCAGUUUUUCGUCAAAGACCUCUACCAGGACGUCCUGUGCAUCACCGUCUUUGAGAAGGACCAGUUUUCACCAGACGACUUCCUGGGCCGCACCGAAGUUCCCGUGGCGACCAUCAAAAAGGAAAUGGAAAGCAAAGGCGCCGCCAGUCGCCGCUUGUUGCUCCACGAAGUUCCCACAGGAGAAGUCUGGGUCAAGCUGGACCUGCAGCUCUAUGAGACACCACUCAAAUGA